AUGAAGAACGAACCAACACAUGAACACCUGGAACAAAUGGCUAGAUCAUGGGACCAUCAUCGAAAAGAGGAGAAACUCAAAGCUGUUCAGCACGCAGCUGACAACGGUGCACCAAGCUGGUACCUCCGGGUUCUUAUGCUUGAAAGAAGGGGCUAUGAAGACUGUGAAUCAGACGACGACAUAUCCGAUGAAGAAACUAAAUUCGACGAGGAUCUUUCUGAUCUGGGAGAUGAGGAUUGGAACGAUGGAGAUGUUACAUACGAAUGCGAAUGCGACGAAAGCGAAGAGUGCAGCUGCGGCCAUCAGUGGCUUACUAGCGAGGAGAAGCAGCGGCGGGAAAAGUACACUGGCUCUGAUGCCGAGUAUUUCUACGAGUUAAAGGCCGAACGGAGCCAACGAAAGCACGAAGUUGAAGAACAGCGACAGUUUCUACAAAGCGAGAAGGAUGCAGCUCUCAAAGUGGACCAUCAUAUGGAGAAGAAAGUACAGAAAGCUUAUGCAAAACUCCAAAAUGCAAAGGCAGAGGGUGACAGUCGGCCCAUCGAAUUUGACACGGCCUCAGGCAUGCACUUUGAUCUGUACUCAUCAGAGUUUACACAGAUCUGGUGGGACCCAUAUCAUCCUACCAGAUACAUUGAGCUUUGGGAAAUGAGCAAUAUUGAGCACACCCUCGGAGUUCCAACGGGACCAGGUGGAAUUGAGCCUGUGCAGCCACAGGAGAAAGAAAAGAAUGAGGACAGUCUCGACGAGGAAGACUGGAUGCGAGGCCACAUCUAUUUUAACAGCGAUACCGGAUGCGACUUGGUCAGUUUUGAAGCGCCAAAAUACAUUGGACUGGAGGAGCACACAAUCAGGACAAACAAGGGAGACUUGGAGGUUAAAAUACGCUUUAUCAGUAACGAUUAUCUUAUCGUCACUAUUCCUAGCUCUAUAGCAUUGGAUUCAGCAGCCGAGCUGGAUCCAGAUGUCAAGAUCCCUGAGACCUUUGUCUUUUACGCUAUCGGUCACUGA